AUGACUCCAUCAAUACAAGAUCACGAUCCCAAGCACCAGACGUCUGAUGUCCCGCAGACUCUCUCUGGAUCCGAGUCGUGCUCUGACGGCGGGCUCAACAAGCCCGAGCAGACGACGCCGCCACCGCCACCACCGUACUCGCUGUUCACCAAGAAGCAACGCUGGCUCAUCCUCGGACUGGGGACAAUCUCCAGCUCGGGAUCGGCGAGCACGAUUGCUAUCGGUUCAGGCAUGGUCGGCGACGUGACGACGCGCGAGGAGCGUGGCGGCGUCAUGGGCAUCUUCCAGACGGGUCUCCUGCUGCCGCUCGGUAUUGGGCCAGUGCUCGGGGGUGUAUUCGCCCAGACGCUUGGGUGGCGCGCCAUAUUCUGGUUCCUCGUCAUCUACGCGGGCGUGUACUUGAUCGUUCUGGUCUUGUUCCUCCCAGAGACGCUGCGGAGUCUCGUCGGCGACGGAUCGAUCCUGCCGCCGCGCAUCGCGCGGGCACCGUUCGACAAGGUACUCGCGCCGCCGCGCCACGAGCGGACAACGGCGUCCAAGGCGCUCAAGCUCGACAUUAUCGCUCCCAUCCGUAUCGUCUUCUACCCUGAGGUGUUUGUGACGCUCCUCUUCCUCUCUCUGCACUACGGCACAUGGCAGAUGACGAUUACGGCGCAGGCGUCGCUGUUCGCAAAGGUGUACGGCCUGAACGACCUGCAGAACGGGCUCACGUUCCUCGCCAACGGCUUCGGGUGCAUGCUCGGCACGCUCACGACGGGCAAGAUCCUGAACCACGACUACCGGCGCGUCAAAGACGGAUUCACGGGCGACCCGGUCGACUUCCCCAUCGAGCACGCGCGGCUGCGUACCGUCUGGCUCUGGUCGCCGCUGCAGUGGUUUGGCGUGCUGUUGUUUGGGUGGACGCUCGACCGGCAGCUGCACAUUGCCGCGCCCAUCGUUGCGUCGUUUCUGCUCGCGGUGGACGUUUACGAUGUGGACAGGAUUUCUGGUCCUGUCGCUCGUGCUGCUCGGCGUGCAGCAGCGCUGGGGCGGGAUUUGGCGGAAGCGGCGCGAGGCGAGGGAGACGGCGACUCAGUAGACAUUAGAUGUAUCAUAUGCACCGUUACGACCGCUGCCGCUCAUCUCGCAGAUGGCGAGGAUCCAUGCCCCGAACUCGUCGAGGUGCCCGACCCAAUGGUCAGUCCUUGCUUCGCGGGUCGCGUCGCUCAUCUCGCCCCGACCCCAGAGCUCGUCAAGCAGCAGCCCGGGUUCGCCUGA